CUCUCUCUUCAAACACGCAUACAUAUAAAUAAAUCUUAAUCCUUUACCCCGAUUCCUCCAUUUCUGUGUGUAGAAAUUACAAACCCAUCUUCUCCAAUCCUCUGAUUCUUCGAUUCCUUUGGCUCUUUUUUCCUUCUCUCGAUUGCUCUGUUUUUAAUGGCGGUUCUGCCCGUCUCCAUGGAGCGCAACUGCAACUUGGAACUUCGUCUCUCUCCCUCUACUUCUUUCUCCGGCCACGAUUCCGGCGACCAACAGCCCCGCCUUCACCACUUCUUGGGUGAAGAAUCGAGCAAAAAUCCGCAACAGAUGACUAUUUUCUACAAUGGAAGAGUUUGUGUUGGCGAUUUUACAGAGGAACAGGCUAGAGCCAUAAUAAUGCUGGCGACCAGACAUACGAAGGAGGAGAAGACGACAUGUCGUCGACAGACAUUGGAACCGUCGUCGCCGGAGCAGACUAAUUCUGGAGCCGGAGCUGGUUCUGUUUCAGGGAUCUCUAUGAAGAAAUCUUUACAGAGGUUUUUGCAGAAAAGGAAGCAUCGGAUUCAAUCUGCUUCUCCCUACCAUCAUUGAACAUCUAUUGCUCUCCACUCUUUUUUUCUUUUUUUUUCUUUUCAUUUUGUGAUAUUUGAGAUGUAGUGAUGAUGAUGCUAGAGUUGUAAUUGGUAGAAAAAAUAUUUUUCUGGAGUUCUUUCAAUCAAAAAUUUGAAAAGGAAAAAAAGAAAAAGGUUAAUUUUU